CUUUCGUUUCCUUCAUUUCAUUAUUGUGUAAAUUAUGUUCUGUUUUGGUGAAUAACCUCUGCCUCCCAGACUGCCUUCAUUUUUUUGCAAGGAAACAGGACUUUUUAUUGGAAUCCAAAGCUUUGUAAAGGAAUCUGUGAGCAAAAAGAACCUCAUAGCCAGGACAAAAGAAGCAGGAAAGCAGCUACUAUGGCUUCAGGAAUCCUGGUAGACAUACAGGAAGAGGUGACUUGUCCCAUCUGCCUGGAACUCCUGUCAGAACCCCUGAGCUUGAACUGUGGCCACAGCUUCUGCCAGGCCUGCAUCACUGCAAACAAAAAUGAGCUGUUGACUGACCUAGAGGGAAAGAGCAGCUGCCCCGUGUGUAGGACCAGUUAUCAACCUGGGGACCUGAGGCCUAAUCGGCAUCUGGCCAACAUAGCGGGGAGGCUCAGAGAGGUCAAGUGGAGCCUAAAAGAGGAGCAGAAGACAGCACCUCUGUGUGCGCGCCACGGAGAGAAACUCCUGCUCUUCUGUAAGGAGGACUGGAAGGUCAUUUGCUGGCUUUGUGAGAGGUCUCAGGAGCAUCAUGGGCACAAAACGUUUCUCUUAGAGGAGGUUGUCAAGGAAUGCCAGGAGAAAUUCCAGAAAACUUUGCAGAGACUGGGAAAGAAACAGCAGGAAAUCGAGUCUCUGGAAAUUGACAUCAGACGUCAGGGAACUCAAUGGAAGAGUCAAAUAGAAAAGGAGAUGCAGAGUGUCCAGGCAGAGUAUAAACAACUGAGAGAUGUCCUGGACUCAGAGGAGCAGAUGGAGCUGCAAAUGCUGAAGACACAGGAAGGAGACAUUCUCUCGAAGAUGACAGAGGCUGAGCAUGAGUUGGCCCAGCAGAGGCAGUUGGUGACAGCUCUCAUCUCAAAUCUGGAUCAUCAACUGCUUGGGUCAGCAGUGGAAAUGCUGCAGGUGAGACGGAGAUCCUUCAGACAGAAUCUGAACUUGAAGACAACUGAAGACAAGAAGGAGGGGAGGAGGUGGAUGAAGAGGAAGACAAAGAAGAAGGAAGUCAGUUAUUUUAAGGAUCAACUUGUUAGGGUUCUGGGACUCAUUUUUGUCAUCCAUAGGAGUGAGACCUUGAUUCUGAAGAAGCUGACAAGAUUUUCCAUGCCAGAAAGGAGUGUCCACCAAGCUCCUGGUCUGAGACGAACAAUACAAGCCUUAAAUGAAUUGAAAGAUGUACAACAGUACUGGGUUGAUAUAACCCUGGAACCUGACACUCAAAAGUGCAGUGCUGUUGUUUCUUCAGAUGGAAGACAAGUGAGAUACAUGUACAAUGGUUCUUUUUUUAUGAACCAUCUCAUUGGGAAACGCAUGCAGAGAAACAGGGCUCCUAUGAGACCUGCUCACAACAGCAAUACACCAGAGCAAGGUGGUUAUUGUGAAGACUAUGGUGUCCUCGGCUCAAGAAUUAUUACGUCAGGGAAACACUACUGGGAAGUAGAUGUGUCUCACAAACGUGCCUGGAUCCUGGGGAUAUACGAUGCAGGAUGUUGUCAGCAAAACCAAACGGGCCCUGUCCUACAAGACCAGGGGUUCCCCCUUUUGAAAAAGCAUGUUUAUUCCUUAUAUCAACCUAAAUAUGGCUACCAAGUUAUAGGCUUACAGAAUACAUCUGAAUAUGUUGCUUUUGUAGAUUCUUCCACUGGUGAUGCUGAGACCGUGACUCUUUCCACCACUGUUCCUCCCCGUCGUGUGGGAAUUUUCCUAGAUGGAGAGGCAGACACUCUCUCAUUCUACAAUGUUACAAACCAGGGCUGUUUAAUCUAUAAAUUCUCUUCCUGCUCCUUUUCUCAGGAAGUGCGACCUUACCUCAAUCCAAUGACUUGUGAGUUCCCCAUGACUGUGUGUUAGCCCAGCUCAGGAAACUUGACCCAAAACGCUUCUCUGUAGUGUCUCUGGAUUGGGUGCAUCUCACUCAGUGAGCUUAUCAGCACCAUUUUGCCACUUCUGCCAUUGCCAUCUCACUUCACUUGUGUUUUUUGUUAGAGUGUCAUCCGUCAUAGUCAUAGGCUCUACAAUCUACAGUCCUCCAAGAUCAUGUCUGCACUAGGGGAAGUUGUAAUUUAACAUGUUCAUUAUUCCCAAGGAGAAAUGACUGAGGCCUUAGAACUAGUUAGAUACUAUGUCUGUUAAAAUUCUACAGUCUCAUUUUCUCUGCUACUGACUGAGAAGAUGAAGUAUCGUUUUUUGUUGUUUUUAAUUUUAACAAUUUCUUUUUUUUAAGGUUUUCUUUUUCAAAACACUUUUAUUUAGUUAGUUUUGGAUACAGAUUGAAAGAAAUUGAAAGAGAAAGGGGAGAUAGAAAGGGAGAAGGACAUAAAGCACCCAGUCGUCUCAACUGAAUAAUAGAAGUUUACUCUGUUACUGGGUAAGCCAAUGCCUGUCCCUGAAGUAUGACUUUAAUAUAUAUAUAUAUAUAUAUAUAUUAUUGGAUGGAAACAGAGAAAUUGAGAGGGGGAGGGGAGACAGAGAAGGGAAGAAACAAAGAGACACCUGCAGCCCUGCUUCACCACUCAUGAAGCUUUCCCCUUACAGGUAGAAGGGAACCGGGGUUUGAACUCAGGUCCUUAAGCACUGUAAUACGUGCAAUUAACCAGGUGCACCAUCACCUGGCCCUGAAAUAUCACUUUUUCAGUGCCUUAUAUAGUGUUGUUUCUUGCGUAGAAGUCACUAGCUAACAAAUUAUUAUCCUUACUAGUGUUGUCAGUUUACUCAUGUUGUCAAUUCACUCCUCAGAAAGUGAUGGAGAUGUUGUAACAAGAGUUCAGGCAGUGACUCACCUGGCUAAGUGCACUCAUUUCAGUGCAUUAGGACUCAGGUUCAAGUCCCUGGUCCCCACCUGCAGGAGGAAACCUUCACAAGUGGUAAAGCUGUGCUGCAGGUGUCUCUGUCUCCUGUCUCUCUCUCUCUCUCUCGUGCUCCUCAAUUUCUCUGUCUCUGUGCAAUAAUAAAUAAAUAAGAGUAUUUAAUAAAAAAAAUUUAAAAAGAGAUAUUAUCACAAAUAAUCUGUACCAUGAGAAAGAUUUUGGUUGACCAGGGUGUCUGAAUUCAAGCUCUGUUUCUCCAUUUUCUGACAGUGUAACCUGGGAUAAUAAACUUAAGGUCUGUGCUUAUUUUCUUAAGAUAAUGGUAUGAAAACUGCACUGUAAUUGGGAUUUUUUUUUUUUAAGAAGGAAAGAGGGUAGUAUAUAAAGCACCUAACUGUCUCAGCUGAGUAGUAAAAGUUCACUCUGCCAGUUACUGAAAAGUAUCAGCUGUGUCGAUGUACUGUGAUGUGUUUUUGGACCCCAGGGGUUUGCUUUCAGGAAAGUCUCAGUUUUCUGCUCCCAAGUAUGGCUGUGCUGUUUUUACAACUACUCCAAGGCUCUUGGUGAUAGAUGAGUGCAAGCUUUUGCACACUCCAUAUAUUUCAUAGAACUUUGUUAUGAUUUCUUGAUGUUGUUAGUUGUAUGGGGUUUAUCCUCUCAAGUAAGUUCCAUGGGUUUGCUCUUUGAAAAAAAAAGAAAACAUGAAGUUAUUAAACUAUGUGGUUUACUCAUCCCCAUUCUGCUGUUUGUUUUCUGGUUGUUAUGAAUGAAUAAACAUGCCAAAAGAUAAAGGGAUGCCACCAAGUCUUGAAUGAGUAACCAUCACAGAAACAUUUUUUUUUUAAUUUCUUUAUUGAGGGAUUAAUGGUUUACAGUCAAUAGUAAAGUGCAACAGUUUGUACAUGUGUAACAGUUCUCAGUUUUCCACAUAACAGUUCAACCAACCCCGCCCCCAACUAGGUCCUCCUCUGUCAUCAUGCCCCAGGACCCGACCCUUCCCCCGACCCCAGCCCUUUACUUUGGUGCAAUAUACCAACUCCAGUCUAAGUCAUGGAAACAUUUUUCCUUCUAUUUAAAGGACAGGUUUUUCCCUCCACUCCUGAGAACUCUGACUGCAAAACUAGGGCUGAUUGGGGUAGACUAAACACUCACCUACACGGUUACUAAUAAAUCCUACAGUAAUAACUACACAAAGUGGAUCAGAGCUGAGGUAAUCAAAAGGGAAGGAGUUACAGGACAGAAAGGCGAUUCAGCAGACUGUGAGGGAGGGAGAUUGGCACUGUGGUGUGGGAUAGGGCAGCCAAAAAAAUUGGCAACAAUACUGUUCAACUAAAAUACAGCCUGUAGGUAAACAUUACCUCAAUUAAAAUAAAUCUGGGAACAAGAGCUCAGAAUGAAGCUAAUUUUCAUUGAGAUAUUACAGAAAUGUAAAUAAUGAGAUAAUUUUUCUUGAAGGACUCAGUAUUAGCAUUUUUAACUACUAAACAGUAUCCCUUUGAGUAUAUGUCCCCUAACUUCUGUAUUCAUCUUCUGUCAAUGAACAUUGAGAUUGCCUUCAGAUUUGAGCUCUUACGCAUUUAUGGCCAUGCAUAUGUCCCUUUGAAUUAGUGUUUUCAUAUCUUCUGGGUAAAUGCCAUAAGUGGUAUUGCUGGACAAUAAAGUAUUUCUAUUUUUA